GCCCGGAGGGCGGCGCGGCGCUCGGCCGCGGCUUCGCCAGCUGCGGUGCUCUGCAGCGGCUGGAGCUGAAGUUGAACAACAACGAGCUGGGCGAGGUCGGAGGCGCUGCGCUGGCGGAGGGCCUAGAGCAGUGUCAGAAGCUGUUGGCCCUGGAUGUGGGGCUCCGACAGACUGGCAUCGGUGACGAGACCGGCAAAGCACUGGGCAGGGCCGUCGGCGCCUGCAGGGGUCUCACAGACCUGAAGCUGGGCCUCCAAUCUAAUGAGAUCGGCCUGUGGUGUGCUGCGGCGCUCGGCCGAGGCAUUGCCAGCUGCGGUGCUAUGCAGCAGCUGGAGCUGGGCUUGUUCGAGAACAAGCUGGGCGAGGUGGGAGGCACUGCGCUGGUGGAGGGCCUUGGGCAGUGCCAGCAGCUGCUGGCCCUGCGUCUGGACCUGCGCUGGAAUGACAUCGGUGAUGACGUGAAGGUCCAGCUGCACUCCCAGCUGGAAGCCAUGGGACUGAAGGAAAUGCACGUCACGUUGUAUUGA